CUGUCACCGCCACUAUUCAGCACGUGUGUGUCACGGAUCCAUGAGUGACAGCUGCGGAUUCGGCAUGGAGGGGAUCAGCAAGGGCAGGAGGAGGGAAGCCGAGGUCUCGCUGGAUUGUCCAAGCCUGGAGUUUGAGUACAAUGAUUCCGAUCACUUGUCAGCAGAGUUAUCAGAACUGUACAGCUACACGGAGGAGCCAGAGCUGAUCCUUAACCGCAGGUGCUUUGAGGAAAGGUUUAGACUCCAAGGAGGAGAGGCCAGAUGGGCAUCUUUGGGUUUAGCACAGCACAGAACGCAUGUCAUGCGCCUCCUUGAUGAAUUGGAGGUGGUGAUCAGGGAGCAGCGAUUCUCCGCUGCCAGAGCUAUUCUGUACUUGGCACAAGGUGUGUUCGGAGAAUGUGACACUGAAUCAGAUGUUUUAUACUGGUCCCGCUAUAACUGCUUCCUCCUCCACCAGAUGGGAACCUUUGCUGUCUUCCUGGAGUUGCUGAACAUGGAGAUUGCGAACAGCCAGGCCUGCAGCAGGGCUCUGAGGAAGCCAGCUCUAUCACUAGCUGACAGCACGGAGCUCCGGGUGUUCUUGAGUGUGAUGUAUCUGCUGGUGGAGAACAUAAGGCAGGUGUCACCUGGAGAUGACACAGAAUGGAUUACACAGAGGGAGACAUUCCGCAUCGAACUUGCCUUCCCAUCUGAUGACGAGGAACCAUUUUCUCAUCUCCUUUUCACAAUGGUAACCAAGUUCUGCAGCGGGCAUUCUCCCCAUUUUCCUAUGAAAAAGGUCCUUCUACUGCUUUGGAAAGUGCUACUGUUCACACUAGGAGGAUUCUCAGAGCUACAGGCUGCUAAAGAAAAGAAAAGAGCAGAAUUGGGCCUUCCACCACUGUCUGAAGACUGCAUCCAAGUAGUGAAGAACAUGAAAGCCACAACUCCACCAUCUUAUGGCAUUGAACUAGGGGAACAGCAGAAACGUGGGCGACGCAGCCGGAGAGACAGCCUGGAUCUAUACAAUGAGAAAGAUCCUUUCAAGAGUGAAGAACCUGGAACAGAAGAGGAAGAGAAUGAGGAUUCAGAGAACAUGGUGGACACAGAGUCUGAUGCGCAAGAAAGGGAUCUUAUGUCACAACCUUUGUCUGCCCUAAGGAAUAACAUGGAUAGGGUGUGCUUUCCUAAGGGUCUGCCUUGGGCACCCAAAGUGAGACAGAAAGACAUUGAAGAUUUCCUGGAGAUGAGUCGGAACAAGUUCAUUGGGUUCACCCUAGGACAUGACACGGACACAUUGGUUGGAUUGCCUCGUCCUAUCCAUGAAAGUGUGAAAACUUUAAAGCAGCAUAAGUAUGUUUCCGUUGCUGACAUCCAGAUCAAAAAGGAGGAAGAACUGGAGAAAUGUCCCAUGUCUCUGGGAGAUGAAGAUGUUGAGGAGACUGCAACGGAGUGUCUGUACAGGGCCAUGCUGUUCAACAUCCCUCAGUACAUGAUUGCCCUACUGAAGAUCCUCCUGGCAGCUGCACCGACCUCCAAAGCCAAGACUGAUUCCAUAAAUAUCCUAGCUGAUAUCCUGCCUGAGGAAAUGCCGGUCACUGUACUGCAGAGCAUGAAGCUAGGGAUUGAUGUGAAUCGUCACAAGGAGAUCAUUGUGAAAAGUGCGUCUGCCCUGUUAGUGCUGCUGCUGAAACACUUCAAGCUAAGCCACAUUUACCAGUUUGAAUACGUCUCUCAGCACCUGGUGUUUGCAAACUGCAUCCCCCUGAUCCUGAAGUUCUUCAACCAGAACAUUAUGUCCUACAUCUGCGCCAAGAACAGUAUUUCUAUUCUGGACUUCCCAUCAUGUGUUGUCCAUGAGUUGCCGGAGCUAACGGCUGAAAGCCUGGAAUCGGGAGACAACAAUCAGUUCUGCUGGAGAAAUCUCUUUUCCUGCAUUAAUUUGCUGCGGAUCCUAAACAAGCUCACUAAAUGGAAGCAUUCCCGCACCAUGAUGCUGGUGGUGUUUAAAUCUGCCCCCAUUCUAAAACGUGCGCUGAAGGUGAAGCAGGCAAUGAUGCAGCUAUAUGUGCUAAAACUUCUGAAGCUCCAGACCAAAUACCUCGGCAGACAGUGGAGGAAGAGCAACAUGAAAACUAUGUCUGCCAUCUACCAAAUGGUGCGCCACCGAAUGAAUGACGACUGGGCCUAUGGCAAUGAUAUAGACGCUAGGCCUUGGGACUUCCAGGCUGAAGAGUGCACCUUGCGGGGAAACAUUGAGAGUUUCAACAGUCGGAGAUAUGAGAAGAAUCCAAACUGGGAGUUUGCCCCAGUAGAUAACUGUUUGCAGAGUGUUUUGGGACAAAAUCUUGAUCUCCCAGAAGAUUUCCAUUAUACAUACGAGCUCUGGCUGGAAAGGGAGGUGUUCUCCAAUCCAAUCCAGUGGGAAGACCUUCUACAGUAUUCCUGACUAGGAAAUGUGGGAAUCGCUUUGUCCUUCUGUCUGCUGUUUGGAUUGGAGCAGAUCCAUCUCGGGUCACUUCUCAGUGGCACGCUAAGUAAUAUAGCUAUAGAUCAGGGGGGCUCUAAAUUUAACCCUAUCAUGUUUGCAGGGAUUCAGUUGGAAGCUGAGAUAGCAGAAGAAGUGUGUGUCUAAUCCUGUAACCCUACACCGAGCUGCCUACAUAGGACUACCUACCCAUCAUUUAGUCUGGGCCACGAGGAGAAGGUCUCAGAUUGCUACCUCUAUAUAGUAGCACGGCACUGAUGUAUAUAAUUACAGUUCUUAAAGAGGACCGAUCACCUCUGCUGACAUGUCUGUUUUAGUGACUACAUGCGUUCCCCAUGUAAUAACGAUUUCGGAGCAUCUAUUCUUAUUGUGCUAUUUCUGUAGCACGUAGAGCCAUAAGAAUAGAUGCUCCAGAACUGUUAUUACAUGGGGAAUGGAAGUAGUUACUAAAACAGCCAUGUCUGGAGAGGCGACAGGUCCUCAGGAGUCCCUGGUUUUAGCCAUUCAAGCUUAUUGAUUGUAUAGUGAGAAAUGUGUCUACUUCUUCAUAUAACAAUUCCUUGCGGUUUUCAGGAUUUCUGCUUGAAUGUGAACCUUUUUUGGUUUAGUCUCUGAGGCUAAGAUUCUGUCCUGGCCACGUGAUGAUGGCACAUGUGCCCAGCUGGUUACAGUACAGAUAUAGGAGCUGUGUCUUGUAAUAAGCCUUACAUCCUUUGCGUCCACCACAUGGCCAAGACGGAUAUUAUCGGCUGGGAGAAAACCAUGCAUGUUCACAUUCAGUGACUCAAAGCAGAGAUGUGGAAAACCGAGAGGAAUCUAUGCACACACUGCUUCCCUUUCAUUGUACAAUCUGUUUACUAAUGGACUUGAGACAUAUUAGAUGUAAAACGUGUUGCAGGUCCCCUUUUCUAUCUGGCCGUGUCACACAAUUUUGGCACAUGGACGGUUUUGCGCCUCGUACACCAGUUGGGUGCGACAGGGGCCAUGCAGGGGCUAGGACUCCAGCCCUGGCAAAUUUACUCACAGGUGCAAAUGUUAGCUAAAAGCUGCUCCACCCGGGGGCUGGCGUAAUUUUUUUACUCCAGGCGUACGGACUUUCACAUAUGCUCCUAAUUUAUGACCAGGCACGUGCCACAUCGUGAAUUAGAUGGAUCUUACAGUGCAGAGGGGAAACUAAGACCGGCAUAAAAAGCCAGUCUUAGGCCUCUUUCACACGGGCGUGUGCGCCCCGUGGUCGUGCUGCGGCCCUCAAAAUGCGGGCCGCAAUGCACGAUUUGCGGACCCAUUGAAGUGAACGGCACCCGUGUAUUGUGGAUCCGCAAAUGCGGUCCGCAAUACGGCGACAGGGUGCGCACGUCCCGUGUGAAAGAGGCCUUAGUAAAUGUGCCCCACUCAUCACUGUUUGUGCCCAAGGAUCACCUACUCUUUCCUUAGCGGCACAAAUGCCGUCAGUUACCUGGCAUAACCUGUAGGAGGUAAGUCAGCGGACCAUCAUUUGCAUUUUCAGGUCUUAAACACUGAUUUGAAUGAAGCUGCGCGGUGCUCAGGCGCUGCUCCAUUCCUCCCAGUUGCAGCCAUGUGGCUGGGGGAGGGGCAGGGACCCAGCUAAUGAAUGCUUCUCGCUAGAAUACCCCUUUAAUUUCACACCAUACAUUGCCUGAUAGACUUUAGAAAAGUUUUUUAACUUUACUUUUAGUAUUUCUUACUUUAAAGAUGCAAACAAAUGGCCAAUACCAAUGCAUCUGGAAGCGCUCCAAUGAUAAGCUGACUGUGGGGGGUCCCCAAAGCUAAGAAGAAAUGAAGCAUUCAUUCAAAUCAAAGGGGUGUCCAUGUAAUGCACAGACAAGCCGGGUCCUCCAGCUCUUUUUUUUGAUGGAUCCUGAUCCAUAUGUCCCGGUAUGAAAGAGACUUGUCUAAAGCAGGCAUGCUCAACCUGCGGCCCUCCAGCUGUUGCAAAACUACAACUCCCAGCAUGCCUGAACAGCCUACAGCAGGGCAUGGUGGGAGUUGUAGUUUUACAGCUGGAGGGCCGCAGGUUGAGCAUCCCUGAAAAGGAAACCUGCCGCCAUGAAAAUGCUGUCCAAUCUACCAGCAGCAUGGUAUAAAGUAGUAGAAGUAGUCAUUUACUGAUAGAAAUCCCUGCUUGUUAUGGGCUUAGGGGUCUAGUGGGCGGAGUUGACAGCCUUCUCUGCAUGAGGGUGCGGGCUCACUGGACUCCUAUGGUCAGAGCAGAGAUUUCAAUGAAUAAAUUACACAUUUUACUGAAUCUUUUCCAAAACACAAUGUAUCAGUCUGCUCAACAUCUCCUGCUCCAUAACAUGCUGCUGCUGGUAGACUGGAUAGGAUGUUUAAGGUGAUAGGUUUUACAUCAGGGGGGUAGGUUCCCCUUAAGGAUAUCCAUCACAGAGAUCAAUAAAGGGUUGGGAAAUGAGCAGACAGUAUUUCAGUGGUAUAUACUAGAUCUUCAGAGGGUCCAGUCCUCUAGUCUAUUCUACCUGUUAGGGAGGAUUUUUAUAAUGUUAAUAAUAUUAAAUUAACACUGUUGCUUCAAAUUCCUAGAGAGAAAUGUUAUUUUGGAUUCACUCCAGGAGCACAGACUGCCAGAGGAUGCACCUAAUAUUCUAACGAUGCCUCAUCAUCCUCUGGCAGCACAGGGACUAUCGAAGACCAGCGUCAAAAGCUGCUCUUUGAUAAAUGACCCCCAGUGACCGUGUCACGUAAAGCAGUUGUCCGCUUUUGUAAUAUUAUCAGAUUGAUGGGGGGGCUGAAUGCCUUCACCCUCUGAUCAGCUGUUUAAAGCGAACGCAGCCGUCCCUUCUCUGUUUACCUGCUUGCCGUUGACUUAUCAGCGGUGGGAAGGUGUAAUUAUAAAUUCGCCAUCCCCAUUCACUUCAAUAGGAGGAGCUGUCCUAUCCAAGUGAAUAGGGACGGCACAGUUGUAAUUCCGUCUGCAAUAUUGACGGUGAGCAAGUAAACUGUGAAGAGAAGGCAGCGCUCCUAUGAGGACAGCGGCCCCU